AUGAAAAGCGUACUUUCGUAUGAUUUCGAGUUAGCUGUCGCUUGUUCGUGGUCUGAAUUCAAUUCCCUCCCCUCCCCCCCGCUUGUGGCCAUCAUUCUGACGAGCCUUGCAAGCAUUGUGUCAAAACAAAUAAGGAGUACCAUAGACCAACUGCGACGUUCUGGCUACCUGAAGUUGGCGUUGGACUUCCACCCUGCCCAGGGUGAAGUUUGCCUGACUAAAACUACGCCGGUUAAGGAUAGCCUGGGCUCCGGACAUGCCUCGCCCAGCUCGCAUCCGCUCAGCAAAGAAGUGAGCAAGGUCUGCGGGAAGAGGAUAGACAUCUUCCGAAAAUUCCUCUGCUCCGAUGCUGAUGGCCUCGAUUGCAGCAGCAAUGGUUGGAACGUGUUUGCCCAGCAGGAUGAUAUGAAAAUCUACAAUAUGGAGAUGGAGGACGCCGAUGCUUUUAUCCAAUCACUCAAAUUAACCUUUAUGCUGCAUGUACCCAAACGACGACUAUGA